UUUUGGUAAAGAUGGCGGCAACAAUAAUAAAAGUGUAGCUCACAACAUGUCCAAUUGUACAUUUUAUUGAUUAACUCGUUCUAAAUUCUUCAAAUUUUUUAUUUUUAACGUUAAUUCAAAACAAACGAACCAAAUGAGUGAUCUUUUUAAUUUAGCUACUUUAAUUACAACAGUUGGAGUGGAUGCUGUAAAGAUUAAACAAGAACCUGACUUACCAGAAAAAUCAUCUAAUGAAAUUCUUACUGAACUUUUCAGCACUUUUGAUGUUGAUGAAGGUGUAAGUUCACCGAUAAAUUCACAAAACGAAAGUAACAGCGAUGAUCAGCAUAAAAAGAAAAAAAAGAAAAGUAAAAAGAAACAUAAACAUAAGGAUAAAAAGCAUAAAAAAAAAAUAAAGAAAAAUUCAUCUGGUAGUGAAAGCGAAUCUCAACUUGACAGUGCAAUUAAGAGAAAAAAGAAACAUAAAAAAAAAUUAAAGAGAAAACGAUCUGAUCUUAGUGAUUCAUCAGAUAAUGAGGAACCUAAGUUAAAAAUAAAAAAAGAAAUUCUUUCUCCAGAAUCAAAGAAAGCAAGUAGAACCAGUAGGUCUCAUAGCAUGGAAGAUUCAAGGCCUCAAACAGUAUUUGAUUUAGUUCAAAGUGUAAUUAAAAAAGAACCAGAUCUCGAAAAUGAUGAAUUUGAUAUAAAACCAAAUGUAUCUGAUAGUCCUGAACUACCGCCUAUUUCUAAAAAAAUUAAUGACGAUUUGGAAGAACCAGUUGUUCCUCGAUUACUUGAGAAAACUGAUCAACCAAAUAGAGCAAAAAUUUUAAUAAAAGAUUUAAAAAAUAGUGCUGUUUACAAUGAAACAGUUAAAGAAGUGGAAAAUAAGAAAAAAGAAAAAGAAGCUCGUAUGGAAGAUGGUGAAUUAUCAGAAAGCAUGUCUGAUGAACGGACUCCUACAUUGAGUCCAACACCUCCACGAGAUUCAUUUGAUUCAUUAGAUGAUUCGUCAGUUAUUAAGCCUAAUCAUCAUAUAAAGAACGAUUUGAGACUAGUUUUGAAUCAAAAAGAAAAAACUAAAAAAAAUAAAGAAUCAGGAGAAUUAAAAACGCGUAAUGAUGACGAUAUCAAGAAGGACAAAAAAAAAUCUGAUAAUUUUCAUCGUAGAAGUUCUAGAAGUAGUGAAAGAAAACGAAGUAGAAGUUGUCAUUCUAGGGAUAGAAAAAUGGAAUCGACACGUUCACAUUCAAAAAAACGUAGUAGGAGUCGCGGAAAAGAGAGUAAAAGGACAAAGAGUAGUGAAAGAAGAAAUCGGAAUCGUAGUAGUGAUAGAAAAUCAGUUAAAAAUAGAGGAAAAAGACAUGGAUUUGAUUCUCAUGAUAGCUGGAGAAGUAGAAGUGAAGAUAAAAAUCGUGAUAGAUCCAGAGGACGUAGUCGUAGCAAAGAACGAAAGGAAAGGAUUGAGAUUGAUAAAAAAAAAUUGUUAGAAAUUGCUCGAAAGAAUGCUAUUAACAUGAUAAAAAGAGGGACAUUACCAUUAGCACAACAAGAUAAAGCUAUCGCUGCUAUUCAAGCUGGUGGAAAAACUGUUGAUGAAUUAAUAGAUUUUUGUAAGUCAUUGUCUAAAUCUGAAGCACUGGGAGAACUUUCAAGUGUUUCAUCAGAUGAAGGUGGUAAUAAUAGUGAAUCUGAGAAAGGCUUUCAUCAUCCAUUUCUUCUGAAAGAAAGACCUAAUUCGAUAAUUAUGAAUAUUAGAGAUUCCAAACAAUUGCCUACAAAAACAUUCCAAGAACGAACUGCGGAAUCUUCUAAUCAAUUAAGAUUACAAUUUCCUGUUUCUAGUGGUCAACAACAUCGAAGAACUGAAAAUGAGUGGAUUGAUGUGACACCACCAACACCGCCAGUACCUCCACCACCAGUCAAAAAAUUAGAAGCUAAAAAACCUUUUGUUGCUGCUUCAACACCAUUACAACCUCCAGCAUUUACUAUUAUUCCUCCAGCUAAUAGUACAGUAGUUCCUUUAGCUAAUAGUACAGUAGUUCCUCCACCACCAGCAGUAGCUGUUGUAACUCCAACUCCGGUCGCAGAAACACCAAUAAAUGAUCCGAAAAUUCCACAGCCAUUACCUACUGUAUUUCCACAAGCUACUCCUGAGGCAGUUGAUAUUGGUACGAUUGUUUCUCAGCGGUUAGCAGCAAUGAGAAAACUUAGAGAGAAUCCAAAUGAUGUUCAAGCUUUAAAUGAGAUGUAUCAUGCACAAAAUGAGAUGAAAACAUGGGCAGAGAGUAAACAAAUGCCAGGUCAGUUUACUGGUAGUACUGGUGUAAAAGUGCUGUCACCAGCUGAAUUAACAGCAGGCUAUCAAGCCUGGGCUCGUAAGGACCAAUUAACUUCAGCACAACCAGUAUGUGGUGGUAUGGGUAUGGCACUUCUUCAAAAAAUGGGAUGGCGACCAGGAGAAGGUUUAGGAAAAAAUAAAGAAGGCACUUUAGAACCUUUACAACUGGAAGUAAAACUUGACAAAAGGGGACUCAUUUCUGAUCAAGAUAUUGGAGCGCGACCAGGAAAAAUUCCAGGAAAACCGGUAGUUCCUACCAUAAAAACGUUAGAAGGUAAACAUCCCGUCUCGUUGCUUGGCGAGUACUGCUCAAAGAGGAAGUUUGGAGCGCCAAUUUACGAGCUCUGCUUUGAAUGUGGACCUGAUCAUAAGAAGAAUUUCUUGUUCAAGGUCAAAGUGAAUGGAAUUGAGUAUAAACCAAGUGUAGCAAGUCCCAAUAAAAAACAAGCGAAGGCCGAAGCUGCACAAAUUUGCCUUCAAACAUUGGGUUUACUCCCUUCGUAAAUAAAAAUAUGUAUAUACACAUCAAUUGUGUAAUUGUGUAUAGAAAUUUCGUAAAGAAAUAAAUAGUCGUUUGUAUUAUUUUAUUUUA